UUUGGGGGCCAACCCGUUUGUGUGCGAUUGCAACUUGGCUUGGCUGGCGUCUUACUUGACCGAAAACCCCAUCGAAACGUCGGGGGCUCGAUGUCAGGAUCCAGCCAAGCUCUCCAGGAAGCCUUUCAAUCGGCUGAAACAGGAGAGUUUCAAAUGCACCAAUGAAUUACGGUCCCGCUAUAAUGGGCGCUGCAACGAGGCCGACCUCUGCCCUGCCCAGUGUCGCUGCGAAGGGACGCGGCUGGACUGCUCAGGCCGGGACUUGACGUCUCUGCCCACGGACAUACCCCCAGCCACCACCCACCUGGACCUGAGUUACAAUCAGCUCUUCUCGCUUGAUGGGACCACAAGCCUUGCUGAGCUCAAGGAACUCACCCAUCUCGACCUCUCCCAUAACCGCCUCACUUCCCUCAGCCCGGAUUUCUUCAGAGGGACAAGAGCGCUCACGCAUCUCAACGUCUCCCAGAACAAGCUGGUACAGAUGCCUGAGUCCGUAACGCGAAGGCUUAAGGCCCUGACCCAGCUGGACCUCUCCGGGAACCACAUCUCCUGCAUCUCACGGCGGAUCAGUAGUCACCUUCCACGUCUGUCCAAGCUGGACAUGUCAGCGAACCCUCUCAACUGCGACUGCCGCGCCUCAUGGCUGUCUGAGUUCGUGGCGAUGCAUGAGGGCUCCGCGUCCCCCACCUGCCACCUGCCAGAAAGCCUCAGAGACACGCCAGUCACCGAGCUUCAGGAGUCGCAGCUCACGUGUAGGGAAGAUGAAAACAACGAGGAUGACUGCGCGGGCUCUGUGUACUGCCCACCUGAGUGCCAAUGUCGUGGCACUGUAGUGAGGUGCUCGCGGUCACACCUUACUCAGAUCCCUCGGGGUAUACCGCCAGACACCACUGAGCUGUAUUUAGACGUCAAUGAGAUAAAGAGCGUCGACCCAGAGAGGUUGAAGCAUCUCAAGGUUCUGAAAAGGCUAGACCUAAGCAACAACCAGAUUACCAUACUAUCCAACAAGACCUUCUCAGAGCUCAAACAACUCUCCACACUGAUUGUGUCAUAUAAUAAACUUGGUUGUAUGGAGAGGGAUGCUCUGCUUGGACUCAAAGCUCUGAGAAUCCUCUCUCUGCACGGGAACGACGUCUCGUUUAUUCCAGAGGGAACAUUCAGAGACCUAGAGACCAUCACACACAUUGCACUUGGAGCCAAUCCGCUUUACUGCGACUGUUCGCUGGCUUGGCUGGCCAAGUGGGUGAAGGGAGACUUCGUGGAACCCGGAAUCGCUCGCUGUGCCGACCCGCGACCCAUGCGGGACAAAUUGGUUCUAACGACCCCUCCGGAAAUGUUUACUUGUACAGAAAAAGUACCAGAUGAUAUACUCGCUAAGUGUGACUUGUGUUACACUCGACCGUGCCAGAACGGAGGGACAUGUAGGUCAGGCCCUGGUCAGCAGUAUGAAUGUCGUUGCGCCGCUGGCUUCCACGGCCCGGAGUGCCAGUACAAGAUAGAUGCAUGCUACGGGAACCCCUGUGACAAUGGCGGUACUUGCAAAGUUUUUGAGACCGGAAGAUAUGCGUGUCACUGCCCCACUGGGUUUGAAGGAGGGCGGUGCGAAGUGAACAUCGAUGACUGCGAGGGCAACAAGUGCGCCAACAACGCCACCUGCGUCGAUGGCAUCAACUCCUACUCGUGCACUUGCCCGCCAGGCUUCAUGGGCGAAUACUGCGAAAGAAAGAUUUCUUUCUGCUCAAAGGAAUUCAACCCUUGCAAGAAUAGCGCCACCUGUGUCGACCAUGGCACGGGGUAUGAGUGCCAAUGCGCCCUUGGCUGGUCCGGGAACAACUGUACGGAAAACCUGGACGAUUGUGCCAAUCACAUGUGUCAGAACGGCGGCCAGUGCAUCGACGGCGUCGGCGACUACGAGUGCAAGUGCGCCGGGGAUUGGAGCGGCAGGUACUGCGAGCUCGGCCCCUCCGUGCUGCUGCAGACGGAACCGUGUCUGCAGCAUGACUGUCGCCACGGCGUCUGCGUCGUGCCGAGGGGGAAGAUGGAGUAUGUUUGCAAAUGUUCACCUGGGUAUUCAGGAAAGUACUGCCAGCACAUGACUGCAGUCAACUAUAUAGAUUCAAGCAGCUUUAUCCAGCUCAUUACGCCUCCCUUCCGGCCAUCCAUCAACGUGACCAUCAGCUUCACGACGCGGUCGCCCAACGGCGUCUUGAUGUAUCACGGAAAGGAGCGGAAGCAUCUCGCUGUCGAGGUGUUCAAAGGGCGGCUAAGGAUCAGCUAUGAUGUUGGCAACCACCCAGCCUCUACAAUGUUCAGUUACGAGCUAGUAAGUGAUGAGUCCGAGCACACAGUCGAGCUGCUGUCCGAGCGCCAGAACUUCACCCUGCGCGUCGACGGAGGCGUGGCACGAUCCAUGGUGAACGCCGGGGACUUGGAGUACCUCGAGGUAGACACGCCUCUGUUCCUGGGUGGUGUCCCCCCCGACGUCGCCAGACACGCGCAGGCGCAGUGGCAUCUGAGGAACUCCACCAGUUUUCAAGGUUGCAUGAGCAGAGUUGUAGUGAAUGGUCGAGUGCAGGACUUUGCGGAAAGCGAGAAGCAGAACAAAGUGGUACCCGGGUGCGGUGAUGCAGAGCAACGCGACCAAGAGGUUGACAGGAUAAAUCAGAAAGUAGCAACCGUUCCCAAAACUAACAGGCGCAAAAGUUCCAAAAACAAAGACGCGUGCGCCGCUAACGAGUGCGUGAACGGCCAGUGCCGGCCGCGCCGCAAGGGUGGAUAUCGGUGCAGGUGUAAGAAGGGCUGGAGUGGCAAGCUCUGUAACCAAGCCCCUUCAUGCAGCAAGGAAGCAGAAAAGGCCUACGUGUAUGACUACGGGUGCCGUUCACGCCGCCCGAUCAGGCAGUUUACAUGCAAGGGCUCGUGCGGCACUGACUGCUGCGAGCCCAGGCGAUAUCGGCAGAAGCGUGUGGCCAUGAUCUGCAACGACGGAACAAAGUACAUGAAGGAAGUGGAUAUUGUGCGAAAGUGUCGGUGUUCCCGAGGUUGCAGAGGCAUAUAAUAUGCAGAGAAACGAGAAUUGUCAGUGAAACCAUAGACGUACUUUGUGAACUCCAUGGACCUGGUCCGCAUUCAUAGUAAAGCCAGACAUUUACAUAUACUAUAUACAAAUACAUUUACAGUUUGUGUUUACAUAGUACUUACAGUGCGGGUAAUCUGUAAUUGUGUGUUGUUGAAAAAGAAAGAUAUGGUUGGGAUAGGACUAAAUAACUUGGCAAAUUUACUUGCUUAUAUUGUAGAGCAUCUACAUACUCCAAAACAAGCUUUACGUGCAGUGAAAAUAUUUGUGUAAAUAGUCAUACUUAUAGUAAUAUGUUCGAUAAUGUGUCUCAUUAAGAUAAGCUUUAUAUGAUUAAUCUUAAGCUAAACUUUAUUCAGGAAUUUUUUGUUGGAAGUGUGGUGGCCAUGUUUAAGAAGACGGAAAUGACAGAGAUAUCUAACUGCUUAAAGGUCUUCAGUGGUAAGCAAGCUGAUACAAGGAUACGUGUCUUUACAGAACCCAUCCUUUGAGCUGAAGGGAGUAGAGUACGUGAACGAUUGUAGUGAUAAGGAAGAGAGACAACUCAUACAUAAUCCUUAAAAAUAUUACACAAAUAACCGAACGGCGAUGCUCUUACAGUAUACAAUAGAACAUUUUCGUCACCAGGGCAAAUGUAUACACAGUACUAUCAUAUUUAAAUAUUAUCCAUGUACCAGGUUCUCUAGAAUGAGCUUUGCUUGAUAAUCUAUGAGACCUAUGGUGUGGGCACUGGACAUGUCCUGCAGAAGCAUUUAUUACCAAACCAUAAGCUUUCGUGCUAACUGAUAUGUGGCGUGUUCGCUCAGCCGAACUGACAUUAUAUGAUAUUUGAAAACAUUUCUUAAAUUCAGUUGUUGCUCAGAAAACGUUCCUCUAUGAUACCACAGGAUUGGUCAUCUCUGCUGACUUUGAGGAAAGAAGUACGAACAAAAAGAUCUGGCAAGGUAUGGAAACCGAUCCAUCCAUCAUUCAAGACAUUUGAUUUUGGAAUCCUAUUUUUUCUGAUAUAGAUUCCCCAGGAGGAUGGGAUCAAGGAAGAUAUGGGAGAGUGGAAGAUAGCAUCCCAAUAGUCAGCUCCAGAGCUUCACCCUCACCUGCCUCCAGUAGAAUAGGCCCAGUGUGUUGCGUUAAAAGUGCUUCCUCGACUGGCCAACAUGCUGCUUGCUGGUACAUGAUCAACGCCCUGUAUUUACCUUCGUCCAGUAUUGGUGUUGCAAGUCAGUGUUGUCCCCCUGUGUGUGUGCUAUAGGAACUCCAAAGUGCGGAUAACAAGCGACUUUUCCUCCAUGUCGCUGCCAUUCGUUUUCUUGUAAAAAGAUCCUAAAAUGCAUUAGACAUGAAGACCUGUAGCAUAUAUGUAUAUUUAAAAAUCAUCUCUUAGUCCGUGUAUUUUAUUUUAUAUCAAAUAUUCAUUUAUGGGCAAUGAUCAGGAAUAGAAUGUCUUCUUUAAGCUUUAUAUGGCUUCAUUAUGAUAUACUUCUAAUGAUAGCAAAUAAUUAUAUAAAAGU